AUGGCAGACAUUUCAACUUGCCCUCCCCUAACAAGGGACUCUGUUAUCGAGGCACAUCGCCUAAUUGAGCCUCAUGUGCAUCUGACUCCAGUCAUGACAAGUAGCUACAUUAACAAACUUGCUUCCACGCCAAGAGACCCCGCCUCUUUUGCUGGUCAAAACAGUCCUCUGCAGCCUGCCAAACCUCAGUUCAGGCUGUGGUUCAAAUGCGAGAACUUCCAACGUGCUGGGGCUUUCAAAGCACGUGGAGCUUUCCACGCCAUUGAACGAUUAAAAUUGGAGCCUGGAUGGGCUGAGAAUGGUGGCAAGGAAAAGGGUGUUGCGACACAUAGCUCAGGUAUCUUCCAUUUUAACUGUUACUUUGAAGGUCACUUUGCUGAUAUGUUGAUCCUAGGAAACCAUGCGCAAGCGCUUGCACUAGCUGCCCGAGAAAACGGCAUGCCUGCUCAUGUCGUGAUGCCUUCAAUCACAAUCCCAAGCAAGGUCGCUGCUACCAAGGGCUACGGGGCAAACGUCAUCUUCAGCACUUUGACCGAUCGCCUUGCUGUUGCUGAACAGGUCGUAGCUGAAACAGGCGCACGUCUUGUUCCGCCGUAUGAUCACCCCGAUAUCAUUUUAGGGCAGGGUACAAUGGGCCUCGAACUUCAGCAGCAGGUCAAAGGCCUCAACGGCAUCAUGACGCCCUGCAGUGGUGGCGGAAUGUUGUCGGGAGUAGCAUUGAGCUGUGAAAACACAGGGAUCAAAGUCUUCGGAGCUGAACCAUCAUUUCAAGGCGCGGAUGAUGCCAAGCGGGGAAUGGAACAAGACGAAAGAAUCACCUAUGUGGAUAGUAUGUCCAUUGCUGACGGGCUGCGCUCCUACCUGGGCGUUUAUCCGUGGAGUAUCCUCUACGAGCGAAAGCUUGUUCACGGCAUGUACAGCGUGUCAGAGGACGAGAUCAAGGCGGCAAUGAAGCUGAUCCUGGAAAGAAUGAAACUAUUCGUUGAACCAAGUGCUGCUGUACCACUUGCUGUAGUAUUGUUCAACGAAGACUUCAGGUCCAUGGUUGAAAAGGAGGCGAAGGGGGAUGUUUGGGACUUGGGCAUCGUGUUGAGUGGGGGAAACACUACAACAGACAGCAUUACAAAGCUCUUUCCGAGCGACGUACACACAUAG